UUUUGGGUUAAAAUGUAUGAACGUUUUAUUGUUUAUAUUUAUAAACAAACAAAUUGACGUAUUCAUUAGUUACUUUGUUUAUAAAAAGAUGAUAUGGUCAGAAUCACAGACCGAACAACCACUGUAUGCCGAACCUUCAGACAGGCCUACAACAGCAGACGACUAUUUUUCUUAGAAACGAUUUGAUAGCCAAUAACAAAAAACAGACACGUCAUUUCAUCGGAGGUGACACUAACGAGAACUAAUUCGAUAUGGCUUACGGGAUAUUAAUUAUUGGCAUGUCAGCAUUUGGAUGUUUGAUUUAUUUCCGAACAGAUCCUGCUACAUUAUUUAAGACCGUGAUUAAAAGUCUCAUAGCUUUAGGAAUUGUGACUUUCUUAAUCCAAUGUCUUUGGUCAAGAAUGUCAAUAUGGUUCAAGAGAUGGAUGACGUCACCAACUGAGAAUGAAAAUGAGGAAGAUAAACUUUCAAAGCUAAAAGUUCUAAAGGAUGAUGCUAGAUCCCAAAUACAACAGGAUCAUUUGCAGAAGGCUGAAAAUUACAAAGAUCGUAUCCUCAGACCUAGAGAAGAAGCUAAGAAACAACGAAAAGAAGAAGAGUACUACAAAUUUAUGGGUCCUGCCUGGAAAGGGGAAGGACAAGUCCUAGGGGGAGAAAUAAAACUCGAUACUGAAGAAGAAUGUCCUACAGAACGAGCUGCCCGUCAUCGUAUUAUACGAGAGAGUAUUAAUGAAGAGGUACUGCAGGCAGCUAGGCAGGAACUACAGAGACGCAAGAAAAAGAAGAUUCAACUCCCAGAUGAACCACCAGAUGGAGCUCAAAACUGUGUAUUGGUGAUGUUGCGUACGCCACUUGGAGAUAUACGACAGAGAAGAUUCAAACAUAUUGAUACCAUACAGCAUGUACUGGACUACAUGACUUACAUCGGCUUCCACCAGAAGAAAUACACACUAGUAACAACCUACCCACGUCAGUCCUUGUCAGACCAAAGGGAAGUAACUCUCGCAGACAUGGGAAUCAAGACUAGGAUAACACUAAAUGUUGAAGAGAAAGACUGGGACUCUGAUGAAUGAUUAUAUGAAAGUGUGAGUUGUAUGCAUUAUGUAUGAGGUCAGUAGGGGUACUACAGGAUUAUAAUUUGUGACUUACAGCUGUAAUUGAUGAGGUCAGUAGGGGUACUAGAGUAUUAUAAUUUGUGACUUACUGCUGUAAUUGAUGAAGUCAGUAGGGGUACUAGAGUAUUAUAAUUUGUGACUUACUGCUGUAAUUGAUGAAGUCAGUAGGGGUACUAGAGUAUUAUAAUUUGUGACUUACUGCUGUAAUUGAUGAAGUCAGUAGGGGUACUAGAGGAUUAUAAUUUAUGACUUACUGCUGUAAUUGAUGAGGUCUUUAGGGGUACUAGGGUGUCAAAGUGUGACUUACAUCAAGAAUUGAAGAGGUAAAAGAGGUAAGUAACAGUACUAGUGUAAUACAGUGUGCGACUUACAGCUGUAAUUGACAAGGUCAGUAGUGGGGAACUUAUGUAUACAGUGCACUUGAACUGAAAAUUGAUAAGUUAAGUGUUAGAUAUGUUACAAUCCUCAUACCUGAUCUGAAGUCAUUAUGGUAGCAGAGCUACAAAAUUUGGUAACAGGAAACUUUAACUUAUAUUUAAAAACACAGAGUGAGUUAUUAAGAUAUCAGAUGACUGGUCUUGGUCCAGGGGUCAGUUAUACUUAUUUACUCAUAUUGCCUAGAGUUAGAAGCUGUAAUAUACUGACGGUAAGGACUUGACUUCUCUUGGUCCAGUGGUCAGCAUGUACUUAUCAUCUGACCUGUUAUUUUUCGACCUUGUCAAAACGUUGAUACGGCAUCCAGCGUGGCCAUUUUGAUGCCAUGGCCACCAUCUUUCAAAAAUGUUUUCUCCUGUUCCGCUGGUGCCAUUGAGCUAAACAUUGGUGGGAAUGUUAAGGAAAGUUAGCCAACAAAGUGUUGUUGUUUGUCAACCUUGUCAAAACUUUGAUAUGGCAGCCAGGAUGGCCAUGUUAAAACAUGAUUGCGCAAUCCUGAUUUUCCUGUACAACACCUAUUUCUAGUGUCUUUUACCUUUAGGAUUGAGCUCCAGAUUUACUGUCAAAAAUAGGUAACACUUGUUACAGUUACCUACUCCUCAUCAAAACUAUCAACUGCAUCAUGGAAACAUCUUCUCAGUAAGAUUUCAUUCAAAGUAGAAAAAAUUAGCCCUUCUUCCUGCGGAAUGUUUUUGUAGUCAGAUGACCAUUAAGGCCCAUGAGCCUCCUGUUUUUUCAUGGUGCUUUGCUAUUUGUAGUGAUAGGCUUAAUUUGUUGACACCUCUUCUUCAUGUCAUUAAGUUUUAUACUUUAAAAUCAUUCUAAUCUUAAAUUUCUUUGACUUGAAAAGAAAUGUAGGACUGUCACUUUGAAAAUGAGAUCAACUGCCAUUGGAUAAUUUAAACAAACAAUUAAUGUUCAGGUUUCAGGGCUAUUUUGUUAGAUAUUAUAGAUCUACUCCUGUUACUGGUUGAUAUGGAGAUGAUAUAGUUGUAGAACUUGUUAUUGAUACAGUACAUAUAUCAUUAAAAAUGAUGUUGUGCUGUAGUUAUAUAAUUAUUUAUGCUGCUUUAUUUCAUAUACAACUAAAUUAUAUCUCAUUUACCUCUGUUUCACUUUCUAAAUGUUGAUGAUAUUAAUUAAGUUUGAUAUUAAAUUUAUGUCUGGUUUUGUCAUUAAAAUUAA